AUGGAGCGAACUAUGGGAGAUGAAGAGAAGAAUUUUCGCCCUGAUAUGGUACUUGAAUCACCAUCAUCGGGGCCAAGCUUUCCAUUGCCUCCGCCGAAAAACACCUUUGAGCGGUUCAACGCCCGUCUGAGCCAGCUCGAUUUCUUCGAGUCGCGCGGUAUCGAGCGUGUUCCGCUCGAUGAGCGCAAGCCCAGAGUAACCUCGGCAGACUAUAUGCAGAUGGCGCUGAUGUGGUUCAGUGUUAACAUCACGGCAAACAACAUUGCCGUGGGGAUGCUGGGUCCGUCAAGCUAUGCGCUGAGCUUUGUCGAUUCGGCCCUUUGCGGCACCUUCGGCGCUCUACUGGGCGCCGCGGGUGUUGCCUACAUGGGCACGUUUGGCCCAAUCAGCGGGAACAGAACCAUGGUCGUGGCUCGGUAUUUUAUGGGAUACUACCCUAGCAAGAUAUGCGCCCUAUUGAACAUUGUUAUCAUGCUGGGGUACGGCAUGGUUGACAGCAUCGUGGGUGGACAAGUCCUCUCCGCUGUAGCUGGAAACCACAUGACCGUAUCUGUAGGCGUGGUUAUCGUCGUGAUCAUCACUUGGGUCGUGGUCCUGUUUGGCAUGCGGCUAUUCCAUGCCUAUGAGCGAUGGGCCUGGGUCCCUCAGCUCGUGGCCGCCUUUGUCCUUGUUGGUAGCGCUGGCCCCAAGUUUGACACCUCAAUCGUGUCUACGGGUUCGACGCAAACAAUCGCCGGCAACCGCCUCUCCUUCUUCUCGCUCUGCCUAUCCUCGUCUGUUGCCUGGGCUCCCGCCGGUGCGGACUUCUAUGUCUACUUUCCCCCUAACACGGACAAGUCGAAAACCUUCAUCAUGACCUUCCUCGGUGUCGGUCUAUCUUUGACUUUUGCCAACUUGCUCGGUGUCGGUCUCGGCUCAGGCGUAGCAACUAAUCCCGACUGGGAGGCGGCCAAUAACGUCUCCUCUGGUGCUUUGAUCCUAGCCGGGUACAACGGACUCGGCGGCUUUGGCAAGUUCCUGGGCGUUCUAGUAUCCCUGGGUCAGGUCGCCAACAAUGUCGCGGGAACUUACUCCGCCUCCCUGGGCUUCCAGAUGCUGGGCCGCUACCCAGCCAAGCUUCCCCGGUGGUUCUGGACCUGCGUCGGCGUCAUCAUCUACCUUGUCUGCGCGUUGGUGGGUCGGAACCACCUAUCGGAAAUUUUCCAGAAUUGGCUCUCUCUGAUGGGAUACUGGGUUUGCAUCUACCUUGUGAUUGCUCUGGAAGAACAUUUAAUCUUCCGCCCAUCGAGAGGCUUCAAAUGGGGGGAUUGGGCCGAUCGCUCCAAAUUACCUAUUGGUCUCGCAGCAUUGGCAGCCUUCUUGAUCGGCUGGGCUGGGUCCAUUGUUUCUAUGAAUGAGGUAUACUACGCCGGGCCAAUAGCCAAGAUGGUUGGCGACAGUGGCUCGGAUCUCGGUAUCUGGGUUGGGUCAUCGUGGGCUAUGCUGACAUAUCCGGGACUGCGAUGGUUGGAGCUAAAAAAGUUCAAUCGUUAA